AUGACCUGUUCAUUUCACCCAUUCCCACGACUGCCCAUCGAGCUUCGGCUGCAAAUCUGGGACGCAGCAUGUCUUUCCUACGAUCGUCAAAAAACCGGGAUGCAUUACAUUGACGUCGAGCCCAGUGCUGACGGCAAUACGCUUCUGGCCUAUCAUAGAUCGACGGCGGACGCUAUCGAAGGAGAUGGCGAAUCGGCCUGCUUGGUACACGCGCUACGUUCAGCGUGCACAGAGUCACGGAAGGCUGUAUCAAGAUACUGGCGCAACUACCCCUAUGGCAAUCUAUCCCUCCCCCCUGGGAGAAUCCGCAUGCGCGAGAAUGAAGGGGUUUGGGAUGCUCCUGUCUGUCCAUCUGAGGAUGUCUUCUGUAUAAAGUCAAAGAACUGGGAAUGGAAAGCUCCUGACGGAAAUCAUAAGCCAAUGCGGGUAGUGAUCCCAAACUUCAGCCCUACAGGACCCCAGGACGUAUGCAUCAGAAGAAUCGCAUUUGAGUUUGACUCCGCCUGGAAUGUAGACCUUCCAGGAAACUACCACGAUCUGGCAUCAGAGAACUCUGCCCGGGGAUACUUUUCACGUUUUUUCUACAGAGCGUUCUUUAAGUAUGCUACUGAGCUGGAGGUUUACCUGGUUGAAAAGUCUGGUCAAUGGACAAGCUACCUUCCCAAGUAUCAGAUGAAUCAGAGCUCGUGUUGCAAGGAUUACGAUACAGAUUAUGCUCUAGUGCAGCCGUACUACAGAUGUGUUCGGUGCAAAGAUUGGCACGAAUCCGAUGGAGCUUUUGUAAACGUCAGAAGCUUCAUAGACAAGCUUGAAGAGCUUUGCGAGCUCUGUGAACCGGAUCGUCCCAAAACAAAGCACGAUUACUACAUUGACUCGCCAGUUAUACGACUAGACUAUCUAUCAACCGAUUGCAUCCGAUAUAUCGCUCGUUUGGACAAGAGAACCGAGGAUUGUGUGGGACCGCAAGUUAGCACGAAUCUUCCGUUGCUACGACCUUACUUUGUCUGGCCUUAA